AUGAGUUCUGAUCCUCGUAGAGACAAUGAUCAGCCCAUGUUUGCAUCCAAAACUCCCCAUUUUUUCAAAAUAAUUCUUCAGGAAGCUAUUGGAGAUGGGAUGCUUGGGAUUCCUAGAAAAUUUGUGAGAAAAUAUGGAAACCAACUGUCAAGCCCUGUUAAGCUUGAGGUCCCAAGUGGUGCAAUAUGGCAGGUGGAACUUACAAAGAGUGAUGAAAGGGUGUGGUUGCAAAAGGGUUGGCGAGAAUUUGCAGAGCAGUACUCACUGGAAUUCGGGUCCUUUUUGGUUUUUCGAUAUCAAGGGAAUGAUCAUUUCCAUGUAUUAAUUUUCGAUAGAAGUGCUUCAGAGAUUGAAUAUGCCUGUAGGAAAAACAAAGAAAAACCAGACUUGACAUGUCCACUGACACAAAAGAAAAUGACAACAGAUUUGAAGUUAGAGAAUUAA